GUAGUCAGAAUCGCGUGUAAACUCGUGGAAACGCACGAUUAUACGCUUCUACUUCAUCUUCCCGUUGCGCUUCUGCUUCUCGUCUAGAACCAGGCUGCUCCCUGUGAAAUCGCUGUUGAAGAUCGCAGAGUCGCCGAAAUCGUCGCUUCUGCUGCGUGGUUGCGUUUUAGGUUGAAGAAGUUCUUUUUCUUGGCCCUGAGCCCCUGAUUGCAGCCCAACCCAACCUAACUCAAUGACCCAAUCUAAAUUGAAGACCAUGGAAGAGGAGCCCUAGCAGAGUAACUGCAACUGGAAACCCCAAUUUGGAGCAUCGCCGACUCGCCGUGAGGUUUGCCGCUUGUGUUAUUGACUCAGACUGGUGGUGGUUGGACUGCAUGAGGCCGUGAGCAUCACUUUGUGAUUGCAACUUGCGAGACUUUCUGGCUCUGCCUCUCUGUCUCUGGCUCUUGCUGCUAGUUCAUCAGGAAUGGCAUCGACUCAAGCUAAUGCAAGUGAAAAUCCGACUAACAUUCCAGCUUCUCAAUCAGGAAGUACAGCUGGAAUUACUAGUAAAAAAAAAGUUUCUAAGAAUGCUCUUGGAAGUAGAACUGAUGUAGGAUGGGAGCACGGGAUAUCUGUUGGAGAAGAUGGAAAGAAGAUACAAUCUGUUAGUGAUGAAGUUAAGAAGCAAAUGUGGGAUGUUGUGAGUGGGUUGCAAGUGAAUUUGAUGAAGAAAACAAGCAUGGGUGGGGCAAGCCCAGGGGAAGCUACUAAAGAAGUUGACACUAUCGGUGAAAAAAGAAAGGGAAAAGAACUAGAUGGCAACAUAUUCAAGAAAAUACGCAUUAGUACUCAAACAACAAUCAACAAUAUAUUUAAGAAGAAUUUGAGAGAGGAAGUAUGUUUAGAGAUUAGUACUUUUUUCUACAAGAAUGACAUCCCCUUUAAUGUUUCAAGGAGCGAAGAAUACAGUAGAAUGUUUGAGAAAGCUAUAAGAUAUGGACAAGGAUUCAAGCCACCAUCCUACCAUGAAUUAAGGGUGCCUCUUUUGAAGAAACAGGUGGAGCUUGUUCAUCAAUCACUAGAGGGACAUAGAGCAUAUUGGAAGCAGGUUGGUUGCACAAUAAUGACUAAUGGUUGGACAGAUAAGAGAAGACGGACCAUCCUAAAUUUUUUGGUUAAUAGUCCUAAAGGGACUAUUUUUCUAAAAUCUAUUGAUGCCUCUCAUAUUACUAAGACAGCUGAUAAAAUCUUUAAAAUGAUUGAUGAUGUGGUUGAAGAGGUUGGUGAAGAAAAUGUCAUCCAAGUUGUCACCGACAAUGCGGCUAACUACAAAGCUACAGGAGAAAUGCUAAUGAAAAAGAGGAAAAAGUUGUUUUGGACGCCUUGUGCAGCACAUUGCAUUGAUUUAAUGUUAGAAGACUUGAAAAAAAAAAGUAACACUUCACAAGGACACAAUUUACAAAGGUAGAAAGAUUACUACUUACAUAUAUGCUAGAACUGCUCUUAUUGCACUACUACACAUCCACACUAAGGGGAAAGAUUUGGUGAGGCCGGGUAUGACCCAUUUUGCAACUUCUUAGCUUACUUUGGGAUGUCUCAAUGACAACAAAAGUUCCUUAAUAAGAAUGUUUCUUUCUAAUCAAUGGAUUUCUAGUAAAUUUGCAAAGACAAAAGAUAGAAAGAUAAUUGCAAGUGUGGUGUUAGAUAAGGUGUUUUGGAAAGAAGUGGUAAUUUACUUGAAGGCUGCCUACCCUCUUCUUCAUGUGCUUUGUAUGGUGGAUUCAGAAGAAAAGCCGGCAAUGGGAUUUAUUUAUGAAGAAAUGACAAGUGCAAAGGAGAAAAUACGAGAUGCAUUUCAAGGAGUUGA